CAAGAAUUGCCUCUCUCUUUCUCUCUCACUUCCACACUCUGUUUCUUGAUCUCCCCAAGAUAACAUGAAAUUCUCAGCUGGUAAAAGAAAGUCACGAGAUCAAGAACAAGAAGACUAUACAGUAACCUUAUCUGACCUAAACGACGACGUCCUCGAGAGAAUCCUCUCAUGGCUACCAACUUCUUGUUACUUCCGCAUGACAUCCGUCUGCAAGAGAUGGAAGUCCACUCAAACUUCAAGAACCUUCAAGCUCGCUUGCUCUCAAGUCCCUUCUCGUGAUCCUUGGUUCUUCAUGAUCCCUAACCACUCCACUUCCUCUUCUUUCCUCUACGAUUCAACAGAAAACAGCUGGAAAAACCUCCUCCACCGCCCUGAUCUCACCCCCGUAGCUUCCUCCGGCGGUUUGCUCUGUUUCCGCUGCUCUGUUUCCGGUGACUUCCUCCUCCGUAACCCUCUCACAGGCUCCUCACUUAACCUUCCUUGUCAAGACUCUAAAGAUGAUAACAAAACUCUCCAAGCUGUAGCCAUGAGGACUCUCACUCCCUUUAGCUACAAGCUUGUCACAAUCUCUGGUGACAUACCAAAUCUCUGUUUCAAGUUCUACGAGUCAAGUUCUUGUUCUUGGAGCAAAGAGUUUGAGUUAGUGAAGAAGAACAACGAUGAGUACAAUGAUGAUGAUGAAACAGUUUACUUUCUUAGCAAGACAGGGAACGUUGUUGUAGCUAGUAACACUCUCCAAAGAAGUCCUUUGAAGCAGUACUCUUCAGUUAUAACAGUUAAAGACAAUGUAGAAACAGUUUACUUUCUUAGCUCUCACGGAACAAUCAUAGCUUGUGACCUAAACAAAAGAUGUUUCACUCAACUUCCCAAGCUUCUUCCACCGUUUCUUGAGUAUUCCAUUGACUUGGUGGAAUGUAAUGGGACCAUGUAUGUGAUUAUUCUCUCUGAGUUUUAUGAAAGUGCUAGCUUGAGGAUAUGGAAGCUAGAGAACAUGAACUGGGUUCAUGUUGGGAUGUUGCCUCCUGCUAUGUCUCAUGAGUUGUAUGGGAGGAAAAGUGACAUAAACUGUGUUGGAGGAGGUGGGAAUAAGAUACUUGUGUGCUUUAAUGGGAAUCUUCCUGAGGUGUGUUAUAGAUACUUUGUGUAUGAUUUAGUUGGAGAAGAGUGGAGUGAGUUGCCAAGAUGCUUCAGUGAUGGUGAAGCUGUGGAGUUUGUUUCAGCACUUUCUUUCCAGCCUAGGGUUGAAGCAACAGUUUGAAGUUUUGGUUUAGGUUUCAGUGAUUGUUUUGUUUGUGUAUUCUUUUGAGUAAUAAUGCAAUGUAACUUGACUUAUAUUCAUUUUUAUGGAUUAGCUUUGAAGCUUUG